CCUACGUUGGUGAGUUGCGUCGCUGUGGUGAGAUUGUCUUUGUUGAGAAAAAAUGUCGACGCGAAAAAAGGUAUUUAUUCAUUAGUCAGAAAGUCUGGCAUUCUUUGUUUGUUGGUAAAAAGCGCAAUUGUUUGGAGGCGAGCGAAUAGAGUGCGCGGCUCCAUCGGCUCAAGAUUAUGUAAAUGCAGCAACGACCCCACCAACAACGAAACUGCAACCUGCUCCACUUGGCCCAACGGACCGAAAAGCGGACGGACGGACACGGUGGCGUUGGCAAAGUGAAACCCCAACAGAGAGGCGAAAGCGAGCCAAGACACACCACAUACACACAAAGAGAACGAGCAAGAAGAAACCGGUAGGCGGAGGAGGCGCUGCCCCCAGUUCCCCCAAUAUACGCAGCACCACAUCACAAGCCCAGGAUGGACAACUGCGACCAGGACGCCAGCUUCCGGCUGAGCCACAUCAAGGAGGAGGUCAAGCCGGACAUCUCGCAGCUGAACGACAGCAACAACAGCAGCUUUUCGCCAAAGGCCGAGAGUCCGGUGCCUUUCAUGCAGGCCAUGUCCAUGGUCCACGUGCUGCCCGGCUCCAACUCCGCCAGCUCCAACAACAACAGCGCUGGAGAUGCCCAAAUGGCGCAGGCGCCCAAUUCGGCUGCAGCCGCUGCAGUACAGCAGCAGUAUCCGCCUAACCAUCCGCUGAGCGGCAGCAAGCACCUUUGCUCCAUUUGUGGGGAUCGGGCCAGUGGCAAGCACUACGGCGUGUACAGCUGUGAGGGCUGCAAGGGCUUCUUUAAGCGCACAGUGCGCAAGGAUCUCACAUACGCUUGCCGGGAGAACCGCAACUGCAUCAUAGACAAGCGGCAGAGGAACCGCUGCCAGUACUGCCGCUACCAGAAGUGCCUAACCUGCGGCAUGAAGCGCGAGGCGGUCCAGGAGGAGCGUCAACGCGGCGCCCGCAAUGCGGCGGGUAGGCUCAGCGCCAGCGGAGGCGGCAGUAGCGGUCCAGGUUCGGUAGGCGGAUCCAGCUCUGGAGGCGGAGGAGGAGGAGGCGGCGUUUCUGGCGGAAUGGGCAGCGGCAACGGUUCCGAUGACUUCAUGACCAAUAGCGUGUCCAGGGAUUUUUCGAUCGAGCGCAUCAUAGAGGCCGAGCAGCGAGCGGAGACCCAGUGUGGCGAUCGUGCACUGACGUUCCUGCGCGUUGGUCCCUAUUCCACAGUCCAGCCGGACUACAAGGGUGCCGUGUCGGCCCUGUGCCAAGUGGUCAACAAACAGCUCUUCCAGAUGGUCGAAUACGCGCGCAUGAUGCCGCACUUUGCCCAGGUGCCGCUGGACGACCAGGUGAUUCUGCUAAAAGCCGCUUGGAUCGAGCUGCUCAUUGCGAACGUGGCCUGGUGCAGCAUCGUUUCGCUGGAUGACGGCGGUGCCGGCGGCGGGGGCGGUGGACUAGGCCACGACGGCUCCUUUGAGCGACGAUCACCGGGCCUGCAGCCGCAGCAGCUGUUCCUCAACCAGAGCUUCUCGUACCAUCGCAACAGUGCGAUCAAGGCCGGUGUGUCAGCCAUCUUCGACCGCAUUCUGUCGGAGCUGAGUGUGAAGAUGAAGCGACUGAAUCUCGACCGACGCGAGCUGUCCUGCUUGAAGGCCAUCAUACUGUACAACCCAGACAUACGCGGGAUCAAGAGCCGGGCGGAGAUCGAGAUGUGCCGCGAGAAGGUGUACGCUUGCUUGGACGAGCACUGCCGCCUAGAACAUCCGGGCGACGAUGGACGCUUUGCGCAACUGCUGCUGCGUCUGCCCGCUCUGCGAUCGAUCAGCCUGAAGUGCCAGGAUCAUCUGUUCCUCUUCCGCAUUACCAGCGACCGGCCGCUGGAGGAGCUCUUUCUCGAGCAGCUGGAGGCGCCGCCGCCGCCCGGCCUGGCGAUGAAACUGGAGUAGGGUCCCGACUAUAAAGUCGCCCCCGUUCUCCAUCCGAAAAAUGUUUCAUUGUGAUUGCGUUUGUUUGCAUUUCUCCUCUCUAUCCCCUUAUACCCUACAAAAGCCCCCCUAAUAUUACGCAAAAUGUGUAUGUAAUUGUUUAUUUUUUUUUAUUACCUAAUAUUAUUAUUAUUAUUGAUAUAGAAAAUGUUUUCCUUAAGAUGAAGAUUAGCCUCCUCGACGUUUAUGUCCCAGUAAACGAAAAACAAACAAAAUCCAAAACUUAAAAAGAACACAAAACACGAACGAGAAAAUGCACACAAGCAAAGUAAAAGUUAAACUAAAGCUAAAGCUAAACGAGUAAAGAUAUUAAAAUAACGGUUAAAAUUAAUGCAUAGUUAUGAUCUACAGACGUAUGUAAACAUACAAAUUCAGCAUAAAUAUAUAUGUCAGCAGGCGCAUAUCUGCGGUGCUGGCCCCGUUCUAAAUCAAUUGUAAUUACUUUUUAACAUAAAUUUACCCAAACGUUAUCAAUUAGAUGCGAGAUACAGAAAUUACAGACGAAAAGCAACAAAAUAUAUCUAUGUAUAAAAAAUAUAAACUGCAUAACAAGA